AUGGACCCCCUGGAGGUCCCUCCCCUCACCCCCACCAGUAAGGAGGUCCUGACCCAGGCCGUCAAGGCCACCUUUGCCGGCUUCUCCCUGGAAAGGACCACCAUGCACUUCCCUCAAGAUCCUAACUUGUGGUCAGAAUGGGAGGUGAGCCACUGGCUGGACUGGUGCCAGGCUGAGUUCGGCCUGCAAUGCCUGGGCCCAGAUUUGAGAGGCAUGCCUGGGAGCGAGCUCUGUGCGCUGGAUAGAGAGGCCUUCCUAGGUCUGAUCUCCGACUGCACAGCCGGGGAGAUCCUAUGGGAGCACCUGGACACCAUGAGAAGAGAGUGUGAAUAUGAAUAUGGUUCUCCUCUGACUCUCUACACUCUGCCUUCUCACUGCCAGUCUCAGAUAAACAGAGACAGCUACUCAGAGCCCACCGGCAAACAGGACCACCACCCUCACUUUUCCUACGAUCCCUCGGACCCCUGUCCCCUCGCCCACAUGGAGCCAGCGAGCAUGCAGAACCAGGGUGGCUUCCUCCUCACACAUGGGGGACCCCACCGCCACCUGUCCCCUGUCACGCUUCUCAGAGAGAUUGAUUGUGAUUCAAGGGUUGAGGCCUUUCAUUACGAGGAGGCUGACAUCACUGGCUCCCUGGCCUGGACCAGUCCAAUCCAGGAUUUAGAGCAGGGGGUGGGAGACUGCAUGUCUGAGGACCCCUUUUCCUUGCCACACCAACACAGGAGCUUCAAAGAGUUUGUGGGGGACAGGACCGAUCUGGGUCAAGCUGUUGUACCAGCCGCCAUUUUGGCCGGCUACACAGGAAGUGGCCCCAUUCAGCUGUGGCAGUUCCUAUUGGAGCUUUUGACCGACCGCAGCUGUCAAUCAUUUAUCAGCUGGACAGGAGAUGGAUGGGAGUUUAAACUGACAGACCCUGAUGAGGUUGCACAGCAGUGGGGAAGAAGGAAGAACAAACCUAAGAUGAACUACGAGAAGCUAAGCCGUGGCCUGCGCUACUACUAUGACAAAAACAUUAUCCAUAAGACCUCAGGUAAACGCUACGUUUACCGUUUUGUCUGCAAUCUGGAAGGCCUCCUGGGCUAUGAACCCAGGGAGCUACACGCCAUGUUGGAUAUCACUGCAAACAAUGACCAGGACUGAGUGAUUUCCCUUACAGUAUAUAGAGCUAUACACUAUUUGUUUACAAAAUCACUUAUGGAAAGCUAUAAGCCAGUAAAAUCUUAGAACACCAUAUUUUAAACAGUAUGAUUACAGGCCACAUUUAUCAGUUA